UUGGGCACGUGUUAAGAGUAGAGUCGGGUCACAUGGCUCGAAUGCUCGAAUCAGCUUGAAGAUGAGGCAAUACGACCUCGAAUCGUCCCUCCAUUGGCCUUCGAUGCGUGCCGGCCAUUCGUUUGCUCAACGGUUGGAGCUACAUACUUCUUUCGGUGCGAAUAUCUGUGUCAGGCUUGCAGUAAGUCACUCUUUCGGAGCCAAUGCGAUAUCGUGGGGCAGCCUUCGCCUGCAUCUAAUUAGGCAAGCGUCCGUUCCUCUCUUGCCUGUGCACUUGGUGGACGGCGUGAAUAUGAUCCAUACACGCACAGUCUGCUCCAGGUCGACACUCAAUGUGACAUCAUCAGAUCACGAUAAUCGAUGUUCCAAAGACCCAGACGGCCAGGUCUGGCCCUUGACAUGCCUUCUCUCUCAUUCACCGCGAACGCUUCUAGACCACGCUUUUCCAGUCCACCGUAUAUCUUUGCUCCUCACGGCGAAUUAUGAGAGUAUAAAAGCACACUCGGCUGGACAGCACGUCCUCCAACUUGAAGCUGCUCUGCUGUCAACUACUCAUGUCUUCUAUCGUCAUCCCCAAGACUCAACGGGCAGCCGUCGUGGCUAGCAGUGGUGCUGCCAUCGAAGUGCGCGAGGACCACCCCGUGAAGUCCGCCGAGGAACUCGCCCCAGGCGAAUGCCUGGUCAAGCUUGUUUGCACCGGGGUCUGUCACACGGAUCUGCAUGCAGCCUUGGGCGACUGGCCUCUUGCCGCGAAGACACCUCUGGUCGGUGGCCACGAGGGUGUCGGCAUCAUCGUCGCGAUUGGCGCCAACACGAGUCGCUCGCCGGUCAACGUCGGGGACCGCGUGGGAAUCAAAUGGCUCGCAGACUCAUGCCUCAACUGUGAACAGUGCCGGAAAGGCCACGAGCAGAACUGCCUCGAGGCGAAGCUGAGUGGCUUCAAUGUUGAUGGAACCUUCCAGCAAUAUGUCGUCUCGUUUGUGAACCACGUCACUCCGAUCCCCGAAGGCUUCGACAGUUUCGCUGCUGCCUCCAUUCUGUGCGCUGGUGUCACUGUGUACCGCGCCAUCAAGUACAGCCAGACCAACCCUGGAGACUGGAUUGUGCUUCCAGGUGCUGGAGGAGGACUCGGCCAUCUCGCCAUCCAAUACGCGCGGGUUGCUGGUCUUCGUGUCAUAGCCAUCGACUCGGGUGCCGACAAGCAGAAGCUCUGCCUCGAACUCGGUGCAGAGAAGUGGAUCGAUUUCAAAGAGUGUGCGGAUAUCGUGGGCGAGAUUCGCUCGAUAACAAGUGGACUGGGUGCCCACUCCGCGGUUGUGACCACGGCCAGCAGCGCUGGAUACCACCAGGCGAUCGAGUACCUCCGUGGUGGAGGAACGCUCAUGGCUGUUGGGCUGCCUGGACAUGCGUCCCUCGAGGCGCCCAUCUUCUUCACCGUUUUCAAGAGUAUCAGUAUCUUGGGAUCGUAUGUCGGCAACCGCCAAGAUGCCAAAGAAGCCAUCGACAUCGCUGCUCGAGGGCAAGUCAUCUGCUACUACGCGCUCAAGCCCCUCUCGGAGCUGCAAGAAACGUACAAGGCUCUCGAGUCGGGCCAUAUUGCUGGCCGUGUUGUUUUGGAGAUGCCGCAGUAGACGACCUCUGUGUCGUUAAUAGGUGUAGAUCUUGUUAUAGUAUGAAUCUGUGUGUUGUAGAAAUUUGGUAUCAAUUGAAAAACAGAGCUCAUCUUAGGAUCUAUUUGCGAUGUGUACUCGUCCACGAUCAAGUGAUCACCGUAACUGCCAGGGAUGAUUCGAGUGACAGCUGAGCGGCUUCGUUCGAAGAUGUUAGGUAACCGAUUGGAUCGCCCUUUCAGCGAUCAACAAGAUGUAUGUACUUAACCAUCCGAGUCGACAUGCUUGCUUAGGCUUGCUUCCAACCUUCGUGACUUGUAUCGGAUAUCCCUCCUUUGCGAUAUCGGGAUUUGCCAUUGCGCUUCCACGACCAUGUGGACGGCGAUACGCCGACUCAGCGUGGGACUCCCGACCGGGGUGAUUAUUCCCAGGCGUGCAACGCAUCCAGCUCACAAGACUGGUUUCCGGGAUCACAUUACCCAAGAGCCGACUCUAUCUAGGAAAUGGGGCUUUAUUUCGGGCAUUGGACUCCAAGGCGUGCCUGCUUUAUAAGGCUUCUCCCUGGCUGUACCGCGAAUCGGUGCCCGCAUCGCCAUGUUACUUCCGCUCUCGGCCGCCCUAGCGCUUAUACGCACCCUCCUCGUCCGUGCAUCUCCGCUCGCUCCCGGCGCACUGGAUGUGAAGCUCUCGACGGGCACCGUCCGUGGCGUCUCCACUGCGAACGGCACAGAGAAAUGGCUCGGCAUUCCUUUCGCACAACCACCGACCGGAAUCCUGCGCUUCAAAGCCCCCGUGCCAGCGCAGCGCUUCGCGGGCGUGCGAGAUGCAUCCAAUUUUGGCCAUGCGUGCCCACAGCCUGCGUCUUCGAGCCUCGGUGCUGAGGUUGCCGAGGACUGCCUGUUCUUGAACGUCUGGAGGCCGGCAGGCACCCAGGCUGAUGCUGAGCUGCCGGUGCUUUUCUGGAUCCACGGGGGCGCCUAUACGGUGGGGGCCGCUUCGUCGCCGCAAACCGAUCCGACGCAGAUUCUGCAACGGAGCACGGUCGACCAGAAACCCAUCAUCUUCGUUUCGACGAAUUACCGUGUCAACACUUUUGGUUUUCUUGCCAGUGCGAGUGUGGCUCCGCAAGAUCUUAACGCUGGGUUGCUCGAUCAGCGGGAGGCAUUGAGGUUCGUCAAAGAGAACAUCAGGGCAUUUGGCGGAGACCCGAACAAAGUCACGAUUUGGGGUCAAUCUGCUGGAGCAGGCUCGGUUGAAGCGCAUUUCCUCUACCCGCCAGAGCAGUCUUUGUUCAGAGCCGGCAUUGCGGAUUCUUCUACAGGCCCGUUCAAAAAUUCGCCCGAUGUGCAUACAUAUGACAAAGCUGGGAAGCCUUUCUCCCGUCUGCUAGCUUCAACGAAAUGCGCUGCGGGCAAAAGCGCCAUUUCCUGCUUGCAGAAAGUUCCCUUUGAGACUCUGAUGAACAUCAGUAACUCCAUGAUUUCCGACACUCUGAAUCAGCAACUGUGGCAGCCUGCGGUAGGGCCGAAGGGCAGUAUGAUUCCAGAACGGGCUUCGACUAUCAUCGCUCGCGGAGACUUUCUACAUUUGCCGUAUCUCGGUGGCACGAAUGUCAACGAAGGCACCACGUUCAGUUCCACAGUCGAGGGCCUCGGACUGUCUGGUGCGGCGGAAACCGAGGCGUUUCGACAGUUCAUCGGUCAUCUCGUCAUUGACAACAGCACCCUGACGCCUGAUGUGUACAACGAGUUCCUUGCGAACUGGCCGGCGAACGACCGAGCCCUCGGCGCCCCCUUCAACACCGGCGACUCGCUAUUUGAUCGCGCCGAGAGCUGGUACACGGAUAUCAUGUUCCUGACACCCAGGCGCGAUUUCUUCCGCCGCGCGGCGGGGCUGCAACCAAUGUUCGCCUAUUAUUUUGGGCAGUUUAUCCCGGGGACGGAUCCUCGUUUGGGAGUCUUCCAUGCGUCUGAGCUGAAGCUGUUGUUCGGGCCAACGCCGGAUCCUUCCCUGGUUCCGCUGGCGAAUCAGAUGCUGGACUUUUACAUCAGUUUCGUGAACGAUCUGAAUCCAGGACCACAAUGGCCUGCAUAUAAGCUGGGAAGCGCCGCUCUAGUCAUGCAACUCGUUAGCGGGAACCUCAGCAUGAUACCAGACACUUGGGAUGUUGCUAAGACUGAGCUGCUCAGCUCGCAAAGGAUUCUGAACGAGUUUGAAAAGUGAAAGUAUACUAUCGAAGUACUUGAGAGUUGGUCUCAUGUUGUGCAUUGGAGUACCUGUUCCGAUUCCCUCGAGCGUCUUUGCUUGCUUGCGCUUCGUGGUUCGCAGGAGAACCAUUAUGAGGUCGAUGUAGACACUCAAGAAGUCCUCAGGUGGUCUGGGCCCGCCAAAGCUGAGGUCCUGAGAGGCAUCCACCCACUGAAAGGCCGCCUCGAGCUUCAAAGGUCAGCCAAGGAAACCCGGUGAGCAUUUGCGAUGGUGCAAACUCAAAGGACGGCAGAGAAGGUCUGAGAAGAAGUAGUUUGAGACGAGCCGCUGAUUGAGUGAUACCGCAAGAAGUAGCCCGGCUUUCAUGCAGAUAGCGGUAAUAAGAAGAUUGGCCACUGGAGGUUUUAUCGGGAGAAUGGGGGAAACGAAGGAUGAAUCUCACGAAUACAGCGCGAAGGAAGGGGAAAUAAGGAUGCAGUUCCCUGGUUGGAAGAACAGGACACAAUUAGGCAGAGUGGUGCAUGAACAGGGCGAUGGAGACGACUUUCAGCAAGGGCACGCAGAAGCCUCAGUAAGUCCGCACUCUACUGAUGAGCAGUGGAGAGCACGUAUCGGUCAUAGGGGGCCGGUCAUAAGUGAGCCAGAGUUAGUAGAAAUGUCAUAGGCAGAACAUAGUGACCAAAAAAGAAAGUACUAGUGUUACGAUGGGCGAGCGAGUCAGUCUCGGGUGAUGGAUCCGGAAGCGGAUGUCAAAAGAAGAAAGCAAGGGCACAGCCACGCGCCCGCCUUCACCACAACCACCACAACAAUAGCCACCCUCAUCCACUAUCACCCAAUCACCACAAAGUAAUGCUCUCGAGUCCUACACCUGCGCCUAGCGGUCGAUUCGCUCCGGCUCCAGGCGGUAGACUCGCUACAUCAGCUUUGCGCGGCGCGGGGAUGAUAGACGGCGACACCACUAUGCGCGAUGUGUCUGGGAAGCCGAUGGGUCGCAAAGGCGCCGACAAGCACGCCCGCCGAACCCGGAACCCGUAUUACGGUGCCUCAAGCUCCAAGACGCCUGGUGCCUCACGAAUGCUCUCGACCCGCAUGCAAGUCGACUCCAACCUUUCGGACGCCCUCUCGCGCGGAGGUCGGACGACAGGACGGCCGCGCGGUAAUGCCGUCUCUGGCGAUCGGAAUACCAGAGCGGGCCAGCAAGCUCAACCCGUCAUCGUCGCUCGAACGGCCGCUAGCAAGGUUCGACCGGUAGAUCGCUGGAUGGAGAUCGUGAAGAAGCGCUAUGACCCUCAAACCCGGUGUCUGAAUCUCGAUUCCAUUGUCGACGACGACUUGGUCCGGAAACAUGGCUUGAAGACGAUUGGCGCUUUCAUCACGGACAAGGAGGCCGCAGUCAUAUUCAAGAUCGCUGCAAGGCAGUUCAAAGGAGCUCAGGAAGUGCAGACCCUGUCACUCUCCAACAAUGGGUUGACAGGCGCUCACCUUGCGUCCUUGGAGAAGUACCUGCCUAAAAUCGUGAAUCUGUCCUUGCACAACAACAACAUCCGGACUAUCCGAGAACUCGACUGCAUAGCUUCUCGGAGGAGCAAGAUGGAGCAUUUGCGAGAGCUCAUCUUGACCAACAAUCCGGUUCGUGAUCAGGAAUACCAGUCGGGAAAUGCUGCUCGGUUCCGAAACGAAAUCGCUCGGCGAUUCCCCAAUCUCGAGCUGCUCGACCAGGAGCCCAUUGCGAAGAUCGCCUUCGACGUUGCUUCCACAACAACAAACACGAGUGUUCCGGCUCCGUCAUCCACGACCUUCCCUGUGCCUAUGGGCGGUUCCUUCAUUGAUGGAGUGGAUUCGACGCUCGUGACCAACUUCCUCUCCCGGUUCUUCCCGUUGCUAGACACCGACCGUCCCCGACUCGCCGACGUGUACCUGCCCACAGCGACGUUCUCGUAUUCGGCAAACACCUCCAUCCCAGCCAGAGCGCGUAUCGAAGGUCUGCACGCGACCUUGCCGAACCAAAAAAGCUUGCAGUGGGCACCAUGGCAUGUGCAGUCGGAUUCGCGCAACUUGACCAGGUUGGCGAAUAACAAGAUCACCACCACCCUGCACACUGGCCCCGUGGACAUCGUCACUGCUCUGAUCAAGUUGCCUGUUACGAAGCACGACAUCACCGGAGCCCCCGAGAACUUUUGCAUCGACGCGUUUCUGGCUGGGGUCGGGUUAUUGGUCGUUGUACAUGGUCAAUUCAUGGAAGCACCCUCUGCAGGGCUGCGCUCUUUUGACCGCACAUUCAUGCUGGUUCCAUCGGAGGAGGGUUCUGCUGCUAAACGUGCUGGCUGGGAUGUCGCGAUCGUCGCCGACCAGUUGACAAUCCGGGCACUGUCAAACUCGGAUGCCUGGGCUGCGGGCCCAAUGCUAGUUCAAGCCACUCGGGACACAAACCCACCACGAACGCUGAGAUCGCUUCCGGCCGACCAGCAGACGCUGCUCAACAACAUUCCGGAGCCCCAACGAAGCAUGGUACUACAGCUGUCGGGCCAGACGAAUCUGAAUGUCCAGACCUCUCAGGACUGUCUAGCGAAGAACGGCUGGAAUCACGAUCUUGCGCUUGCCAACUUCAAGCAGGUCGAGGCCCAGUUGGGUCCCACGGCGUUCUUGUCUCGGCCAUAGAGUCCGCCCAUGGACCAUGGACCGUGAGCUGACUGACUAUCCUCCCCUAUAUGUAUCUCACUGCGCGCGCAUCAUCAUCCAAUACUUUACUCUCACAAGGGCCCAG